AUGGCCAAGGAAAUUCAAACCAAGAAGCGCAAGGCUUCUGUGCCUGAGAGCGGGGCUGAGAAGAUCAAGAAGGUCAAGAAGGUCGACGCACAGGCAGUUCCCGCGAAGAAGCGGAAGGCUACCGAUGAUGUCGCUGUCCCUGAGGUGAAAAAGACAAAGGUUGCACCAAGCUCAUCGAAGCCCAAAGUUGAACAACCCGCCAAAGCCAACCCCGCCAAAAAGGCUAUCACAUCGGAGAAGGUUGAGAAGAAAGCCAAUGGCGACGCCAAAUCCUCCAAAGCCACCAAGAAAGGCACUUCGUCUUCGAAAAAGAUCGUAUCCGAGCCAAAGACGAAGGAGCCUGAGCCAGUUCAGUCGGACGACGCUGACGAGGAUGAAGUUGAGGAUGAGGAUGAGGGCGAUGCUUCCGAGGUUGAUGACCAAACAGAGGCUCUUCUCAAGGGGUUUGAGAGUGACGGAGAUGAUGAUGCCGAAAACCAAGAGGGUCUACCAGCUGGCCAAGAAGUUCCCAAGCUCACAAAGAGUCAGAAGAAGAAGCUCAAGAAAGGCACGCAAUCAGGCACGUCCGAUAAGCCAGGAGUGGUCUACAUUGGACGCAUACCUCACGGUUUCUAUGAGCAUGAGAUGCGAGAGUACUUUAAGCAAUUCGGAACCAUUCUUAAGCUUCGCCUAUCCCGUAAUCGCAAGACCGGAGCCAGUAAGCAUUUUGCUUUCGUUCAAUUCGAGUCCGCUACUGUCGCAGAUAUCGUCGCAAAGACCAUGGACAACUAUCUGUUGUUUGGUCACAUUCUCAAGGUCAAGGUCAUCCCAGAUGAGCAGGUGCCUGCAGAUCUUUUCAAGGGUGCCAACAAGCGAUUCAAAAAGGUGCCAUGGAACCAGAUUGAGGGCCGAAAGCUCAAGCAGGGUGCAACUGAAGAAGUAUGGGGCAAUCGGAUUGAGGCAGAAGAGAAGAAGAGAGUCGAGAAAGCCGAAAAGCUGAAGCAGAUUGGCUACGAGUUCGAUGCCCCUAAGCUUAAGUCUGCCAAGGGUGUGUCGAAGCCCGCCGAAGUACCCACAUUGAUAGAGAAGGAGGAUACCGAAGUCAAAGCUAUUGAGGCUGCCCCUAUUUCCAUAGAUUCAACUGUCACAGAGGGGUCGAAAAAGGCGAAGAAAGUCAAGAAGAGCGAAGCUGCCAAAGCCGUUGAAGGUCCUGCCGACGUUCCCGUCUCUGAAGUGGUCAAGAAAGUUGUCAAAGUCAAGAAGGCCAAGACUGGUGAUGUUGUGGAGGCUUCUGAGGUUAAAGUCAAAAAGAGCAAGGCUAGCGAGGUUGUCGAAGUUUCCGAGAUCAGUGUUAAGAAGAAUAACAAGAAGAGCAAGAAGGAAAAGGCUGUUUAA